AUGUCCUUACAGUUUGACAAUGAGUUGUUGGCCAAUGUUAGUGAUGAUACAAACAUAAAUCUUCAGGUAACAGUCCUUGAUACGUCACCAAUUCUGCAUGCAAAGAAUGCUAGCACAAUUACCGGACAAGUAAUUAAUAUUGCUGUCAAAGAUGAACAGAAUAAUAAGAUUGACGUACCAAUAAGAAUGAAAAUAAAAAACCAAGGAGUUACCUAUUUCACUGAGCAUGUACCAUACUACGACCCACAAGAUCAAGAUCAAAUGAUGUUCUUUAAAUCGAAAAAGCGGAGUGAAUCAGAUGUUUUAAUUUUUUAUAUCAAACUUGAUGAUGAACUAAUACAGGCAAUAAACCAACGUGAUUUGUACUACUUAUUUGCUAAAUCUGGAUCGCAGCCGUCAUUGACAGAUUUUGACUUCAAAGCAAUAGUCAAAGUAACUGACAGGGAAACUUACGGUUAUAAAGUGUUUAUACGAGAACAUCACUUAAAAGAAGGGGAUGUCUAUAUAGCGUUAAAACCGAUACAAGCUGAUUUAACAUCAAAUGGUUCCGAUUCGAAUACAAGGCAUCGACGAAGUGCUAGCCGGAAUGAAACUAUAUCGUUGUCCGGAGUAAACCAUACUGACAUAUCAACAACAAACGUCAGCUUGGCCAUUGUGACGACCAGUUGUAUGGUUUAUGAUCCAAAUUCAACUACUUGGACUUCAAAUGGAUGCUCGGUGCUUAAAUUUUCGACGCUUAACGAAACUGUAUGUCGAUGUGAACCAGCGGUUGGUUCUAUAUUUUCUCUGUCAUUUGCUUCUCCAAAUAUGAUAGACUUUAAUACUGUGUGGUCAAAGUUUGAUCCUGCUAAUGCAGCUGUAUAUGGUACCUUGGUGGUCUUAAUUGUGCUCUAUGUCAUAUUUGUCCUUAUUCUGAGACGAUAUGACAAUCAAGAUGCUGUACGGAGUACUCCUUUAUACUUAUUGGACAACCAACCAUCCAAUGACUACUAUUAUAUGAUAGCUGUACAUACCGGACUUCGGCCUGGAUCUGGAACCAAUUCAAACGUCUAUUUCAUCUUAGGUGGAGAUGUUUUUAGUACUGGUUGCAGAUUACUUACUAGCAGGGAACAGCAGGGGUUCCAGACCAGCAGUGUGGUUUACUUAGUGAUGUCUACAUCCAAGUGUUUAGGUGACUUGUCAUAUUUGCGGGUUUGGCAUGACAAUACUGGAGAAGGCAAAACUAAUUCAUGGUUUCUACAUAAGAUUAGUAUAACAGAUGUCCAAACUAACCAAAGGUUUGUUUUUCAUUGUGACAAAUGGUUAGCAGUAGACAUGAACGAUGGUAUGAUUGAUAGAGUAUUACCAGUUAUAGAUAACAAAAAAUGUGAUUUUGAGACUUCGCUCUCUCAGCAGUCGCGUAUCAAUCUAACAGAAAAUCAUCUAUGGUUAUCGUUAUUUCUUCGACCGCAGAAGAACGCCUUUACUCGCGUGCAACGACUUUCAGUUAUUUUGAUGGCGUUGUUCCUGACAAUGAUAUCGAAUGCAAUGUUUUUUAAAUCAAGUGCGGACGAUGCAGUCACUCCAGAUACGGUACAGAUUGGUGGCAUACGACUGUCAUUGAAGACUAUAUAUGUGUCGUUUAUUGGAUGUAUUAUCACCGUACCACCAGCAGUUUUAGUAACAUUUAUCUUCCGUAAUGUUAGCAGUAAAACUCCGCAAAAGAAAAGGACCAGAACCAGUUCAAUUAAAGAUGAUGAUGAGAUGAUUAUUACCGUCACCCAAAAGAAAAUAUUUACACAUUAUGCUAUUUAUUUUGCAUGGGGUAUACUUGUAUUAGGUGUCCUUACAUCCGGGUUUUUUCUUCUUCUGUUCAGCAUGCAGUGGGGAAAGGAUAAAGCUGAAGAAUGGCUGACUACGUUUAUUGUGUCAUUUGUUGAAUCGUUUAUGAUAGUUGAUCCAUUUAAGGUUUUUGCUUUUGCUAUUCUAAUUGCAUUGAUCACGAGAAAACCUGCUGAUGACGAGACCAUCAGUCUCGAUUUAGACUCCGUUCAGAAGAUUGCGAAAAAACAUCAUGGGGAUGAGUUUACAGAAUUGAAAGUCGCGGUCUUGGCAAAAGAAGGACCACCAACUGCACGUCUGAUGAAAAAACAAAGAAAACUGCUGUUGAAAGAAAGAAUUGCGAAACGUGCAUUUUACAAGUUGAUACUUCAUAUAGGUUUCGCAACUGUGUUGUUUUGUAUUAGUUAUUUAAACAAAGACCAAAGAGGAUACUUAUAUAAAGCACAUAUUGAAAGCCAGUUGUAUGAAUCCAGAAAAUAUCAUUACGGAUUCUCAAUGGUAUCGUCACCUGAAGCAUUCUGGGAAUGGACUAGAAAGACGUUAAUACCUUUGUACUUUCCAACAGCAUCGAACAACGGCGGAAGCAUAAGUAUUGCCGACAAGUUCUUUGUAGGGGAUAUGGCUAACCUUAGACUAGGUCUUGUUAGACUACGACACGUCAAAGUGAAAACAGCUAAGUGUUACGCAUCAGAGAUUGUCCCAGGUCAUUCUUGUGCUAAGAAAUAUGACGACAAACUAGAAGAGACCAGUGAUUUGUGUAAGGAAUGUUCAACUCCAUGGACAACAGAUGCGUGGAAAUAUACCACAGCUAAAGAAGUUUGGGGUAUCCCUAUCAUAGGCAUUUAUAACACAUAUGGUGGCGGCGGGUACAUCCAAAGCCUCAGCAAUAACAAGGAAAACACAGAAAACACACUCGAUGAAUUACUUAAACUUCGAUGGAUUGACCGAUAUACAAGGGCAGUUUUUGUUGAGUUUGCACUCUAUAACCCGAACAUCAACGUUAUCUGUUACUCGAUAUUCUUGGCUGAAUUUCCUGAGAUUGGAGGCGCGUUUAAUUGGGCUGAUUCACAAUGUUUCAGACCAACAUUAAUAUCAAGUGCGACAGGGUUUGUGAAUGUAUUCCUUAGUGUCAUCUUCCUCGUUUUGGUGAUAGUAAAAAUUAUCUUUUUAAUAAAAGGAAUAAAAAAGGAAAAAUUGAGAUUUUUUGUUAAUUGUUGGAACGUUUUAGAUAUUUUUAUAGCGCUAUUAAGUUUGAUAGAACUAGGAAUCUGGAUCACAAAAUUCAUUUUUACGAAGAAAGCACUCGCUUUAUAUGCAGAUAACAAAAACGUGUUCAUAAAUUUCCAGCACAUAGUAGUCUGGGAAUACAUAUUUAAUGUGGUACUAGGACUGUUGGUCUUUAUUUCUACUUUAAGAAUUUUAAGUGCAUUAGGAUACAAUAGAAAGAUCGUGGAAAUCGCUUACGUUUUAAAAUAUGGUUUUAAUGAUAUAAUAAGUUUUAGUUUUCCAUUCAUGACUGUAUUUGUAGCCUUUGUUAUGUUCGGUUAUCUGGUCUUUGGGGUUUCUGUGUAUGAAUAUAGAAAUCUGUUUGUUAGCUUUGGAAGUUUGGCCAAUACAUUAAUUGGAAAGAAUGCAUUCAACAAAAUUCAGCAAACAGUUCCAAUUCUUGGAGAACUAUUUUUCUUUGUGUAUGUUUUCUGUGUACUGUUUACUUUAAUGACAAUAUUUGCUGCUAUUUUGAACAACACCAUAACAGAUGUCAGAAACUCACACAAUAAAAUCUCAGAACAAGUUGGAAUUAUGCAUAUAAUUAAAAGCAUCGGAAAGGACUUACUUGGACUAGUGGGAAUCCAUGUGAAACGGACGAAAAGGGAUAUAAACAGAGAUGUUGUCAAUUCAGGAAUGAAAGGCAGAGGUUCAGUAAGCUCUGCACAAGUUUUACAUCUAAUCAGGGGAACACUUGGUGAUGCAUGUGAUAAAGGUAAUCUAAAUCUAAUCAGGGGAGCACUUAGUGAAACAUGUGAUAAAGGUAAAGUUCUACAUCUAUUCAGGGGAACACUUGGUGAUGCAUGUGAUAAAGGUAAUCUAAAUGUAAUCAGGGGAACACUUAGUGAUGCAGGGGAUAAAGAUAAUCAAAUAUAA